AUGGCAAAGGCAGCACAAGGACCUCCAUAUCCUCCCAUGGUAUGGCCAUCAGGCGGUCCUCCGAUCAAGCGCAUCGACAUUCCAGCUCAAACAAUUUUCAUGUUCUUCUUCAUGAUUGGAGCGGGGGUACACAUGAAAAUAUUCCGGAAAAAUAGAGCACGAGGACAUAAAUUUCUGGCAAACAUCUUCAUCUUCGGCUUUUGCAUGGAGCGCAUACUCACAUCGAUACUACGACUCGCAUCAGUUUCGAACCCAACGAACGUUCGACUUGCCAUCGCUGCACAAAUCUUCGUCUCCGCAGGUGUUCUCAUCCUAUUCGUCAUCAAUAUCGUUUUCGCAAUACGUCUAGUGAGAUCGACGCAUCCAUCAGUGGGCUGGCAUCCUGCUUUUGGAAUCGCAUUCAAGGUCCUUUACGUAUUGAUUGGUCUAACACUUGUCGCUGUCAUUACGGCCACCGUCCAGAGCUUCUAUACCCUCAAUCCAAACACUCGAGCUACCGACCGCAGCUUUCAGCAAUACGGCGCAACAUUUCUUGCAAUCGUCGCGAUACUGCCUUUACCGAUUACGAUGCUCACACUGCUCAUUCCCUACUCACCACUUGACCGCUUCGGCAUCGGCCGUCUCCGUACAAAAGUCAUAGUUCUACUGAUUAGCACAACGCUCCUCUCCAUUGGCGCAUGGUUUCGCUGUGGCGUUACCUUCCAAGCACCAGUUCCACGGUCGCAACCUCUACCAGGAUAUCUCGGCAAGGCACCAUUCUACAUCUUCAACUUUCUCGUCGAAAUCCAGACUGUGCUCAUGUAUGCCAUACUUCGCAUAGAUCUCCGCUGGCACGUUCCUGAUGGCGCAAAGGGGCCAGGUAGCUAUGCUAGACCACAGAUGCACGACGUGGAAAUGCAAGAUUCGAGACCUACAUCCUCGGAUAGUGUACAAGACGAUAAGAGAUCCCUGAAGACUAUCAGCGAGGAAGAAGAGAAAGAAAUCAAUGACGAGAAGGUUGAAGAGCUCGCUGCACCCAGGAUCAUAGAGAUUGACCUUGGAAACUCUUCACGUAGCUCGCUCGCGCCGCCAGACAUGGAGGUACGCAGGAGUUCAGCCCGUAGCUCUCUUGUACCACCAAAAGCGACAGACAGGUCAGCACGUAGCUCUGUCAUCUCUCAACGCCUGUCUUCUUUCAUCAGCAAAUCCACCAGUACACUGGCCACGUUUGCAACGGCAGAACAGAAGCAGCGAUGGCGCGAAAGCGAAGAGGGAAGAAUAAUUAGGAGAUUGGGUGGACCAUGGCAGCAACUCCCUAGUCCUACUGAGUCGGCUUUUAGCAUCAGCAGGAGUCCGACGAGGAGCGUUUUUAGUCGUACUACAGGAGACGAACUGGAACCACCUCAACCAGCAUACCACCAACGGAGCGGUAGCGGUGCGCCCAGCAUACCAGAUGUUGUUAGCGAGGGCGGAUGGACGCCGAGAAUCGAGUGGGAAUUCCGCAGUCCCAGACGUUUUCUCAGCUUGAAGAAGAGGAGUAUGAUCGGUUUGCAGCUUCCUAAAUGA